CAUAAACAAAGAAAGUACAAUUUGCAAUAAUGACAGAUAGUGAACACCCUAGACUCAUUCUCCAUAAUUUUCUUCCUCUACAUGUUUGCAAGGAAUUAGAGUUUAUACACAAGAGUUGUUGUACAGUAGGUUAUAGGCCAAAUGUGUUCUCUACAACAUUAUCUCAUCUUAUUGCUACUAAUUGUCAUCAUUUCAUCAUGCCAUUCAUUCCUAUCAGAGAGAGGCUAAGGGAGAAAGCAGAAGAAUAUUUCAGGUGCCAGUAUGAGUUGUUUGUUGAAUUCACUGGUUUAAUCAGCUGGUGUAGAGGAGCAAGCAUCGGUUGGCACAGUGAUGAUAAUAGACCUUACCUUAAACAACGGGAUUUUGCGGCAGUGUGUUAUUUAAAUAGUUAUGACGCGGAUUUCAAGGGCGGUAUCUUUCACUUCAAGGACGGAGAACCUGCAGACGUUGUGCCCAUGGCUGGUGAUGUUAUCAUGUACACGGCUGAUGACCGGAAUAUACAUUCUGUUGACGAGAUAACUGAAGGGGAGCGAAUUACACUUACUUUAUGGUUCAGCCGUGAUGCGUCUCAUGAUGAAGAUCGUAAACUCAUCUCAUCUCUCUCACCAGCUUUAUUGGAUGUUGCGGGUAGCAAGUUGCAUUCGUAUAUACCUGUGCCCGGAUCCAUCAAUAUGUACUGGUUUCCACCAGAUGAAGCUUCAAGUUUCUUGUCCGGAUUUGAUAUACGCUGCGGAAGAUUGCAUGUUCUUGGAUUCGAUAUAUAUCCAUUUCAAGAGACUUCCCAUCGAUCAGCAUCAGAUUCAUCGCACAACUUACUGGAGUUACUUUCGCGGCCACUACUUUUAGUGCGAGAUAGCAAGUUGUUCGAGUCCCUAUUUCUUAAUAUAAUGCAUGCACUUCAGAUAUACAAGUAUUCGAUUAACGGGAUAAUGGUCGAAACCACACCUCUAUCAUUCUUUUGCGAGUUUCCUACCUAAACUAUCAGGUGCUUGUGUUUCCCAACUCUUUAUGCAUCUCGAAAUUAGUAAGUCAGGUGCCACGUGGAUGGAAUUUUAUGGGCAAAUUAAGUUGUCACACACCUUUGACCUAAGUUGCUCGGACUCUCCAAAAAGCAAAAAUGUGGCCGCAUCCGUGUCGGAUCCUUUGAAAAUACAUUUUUUUGGAGGAUCUGACAUGCACCCGUCGACAUUUUUGAAGAGUCCGAGCAACAUAGCCUUUGAUGAUUGUAAUCAAGCACUUGAUCUAGUCAGCUCUGAGGUGUGUUUUGAUAAAUAGUUGGUGAUCGUUCAGGUAUGAAACUCACAAAACACCUGAUAGUACAGGUAUGAAACUCGCAAAACACCUGAUAGUACUGGUAUGAAACUGGCAAAACACCUGAUAGUACAGGUAUGAAACUUGAUAGUACAGGUAUGAAACUCGCAAAACACCUGAUAGUACAGGUAUGAAACUCGCAAAACAGUGAUACUUCAGAUGUGUUUUUGAACAUUACCUCUCGAUUAAUUAGUAGGUCGAUUCCAUAUUCAACUUCUUUGUGUUGCAGAUAGUGCAGUUCUAUAUCUGGAAGUUCUCCGAUUUAAAAACCAAAGUCGAAGAAAUGACUCCAGAUGCAACUCCGAUUACUUCCCAGACACAAACAACAGACAUAGAUCGUCUGAAAUCCGUGUUUCUGAAAGAUCUUCAGCUCGCAGAGCAAUUCUUUGGCCAUUCAAAACCUAUCAAGGACGCGGAGUUUGAUUCGGUUGCCUUUUCAGCUGCAGUUCUUGAAUGGGAAUGUUAUGUUUCAAAGUUACACAAGGAACUGGUUCUGCAUUUACCUCAUUGGAAAACUAAUCAAUCCAUCUUUUGUGUUCCAUUAGGAGAUGUUGAGGAUUGAAUCUUGAAUUGUACAUAUUGUUUGGUAUAAACUUCAUAUACAAAUUUCAAUGGAGAUGCACAUUUGAUUAA